UGCAGUUGAGAAACCCUAAUCCGACUUCAGCGGAGGAAGAUGCAUUCCUCACGGGCCAGGUUCAUGGCUCCCUACGGCCUGAAGACCCUGCUGGGGGGACUGAGCAGAGCUGCCUUCAGCGCCAACCCCAACAACAUCCCGAGCUUCGCGGCACUCUAUUUCCAAGAGCUCGUCGCCUUCCGCGAAGGGAAUCCCGAUCUGGAUUUAACGGAGCUGGUUGAAGAGUUUCGUUUCGUCAUUGACGGCUGGAACGAGAGGCUGCCUCAGAGCCUCAACGCACAAGACGCGUCGGUCCUCGGGGAGCCCAAGCAGAAGGAGAAGUGCACGGACACGGAGGAGGACCAGCUCCUCCGUGGCGCCGACACCGAGUGCACCUCCAAGAUGACCCAGUACCCGUCGACGCACGACGACGUCGUCGGAAACAAAUCUCCCCCCGGAGCUGACGACGCUUCGUCCCCCAAGGGACCGGAACUCGCAUACGUGCCCGCAGACCCUGCCCAGCUGGCUACCCAGAUGUUAGCCAUGGCAGCAAGCGAAGCGGGACAGCCACCACCCCACUCUAAUGUGUGGACCCUCUAUUGCCUAACUGACUUGAGCCAAGGGCAAAAAUCGCCACCAUCCCUUCCUCCUCCUGCUGCUCCGGGCCUUGCCUAUUCCCAGCAGCAGUUCCUGCAGCCAGUGCCACUCCAGGCUCCACCACCACAACUGUCCUCUCCAACAUACGUGAUGCCGGAAGAAAGCAAGAGGGGCAGCGCUCCGCCUUUCAUUUUGGUGGGCUCCACGGUGCAGAGCGCCCCGGACUGGAGCGCCGCCCUUCCCGGCCCGGUGGCGCCGGCCCCGCCGGACGCCCGGCGCUUUGCGACUAUCCCGGUGCCGGUGGCCAGGCCGGCCGAGCAGGCGGCGCCCAAGGCCGUGCCGGAGGCGGCGCGGCCGCCCACGCCGCUCUACCUCUCGGUCGCCAUCCCUCUGGAUGACGUGGUGGCUGCCCGGAAGGGCGCCCCGGGUGCUGACAAGGCCGCGGCCGGGCCCCCCUUUGCGGGGAGCUAUGGCAUUGCGGGGCAGAUCACGGUCACCUCCAGCUCGGUGCACCAGGCAGGGUCAUGA